GCGUUCUAGAGAUUUGAUCGAGUAUUGUAUUCAGUUGUCAAAAUACGAUUUGUCCUACGUUCCAAGUUGUCAGUCCCUUGUCACAAGGUGCCAGCUAACGUUACCGAACGCUCCAUACCAAGAAAAUUGCCUCGGAAACACCCCGGGGCAGAACAAAACCGCGACACACACAACAGGGUUGGGAACCUACAGCAUCAGGUCUGAAGCACAACAACAUACAGCGGACCGAGUCAACAGGGAGGGAGCAAACACAUACGGGCACAUUCUUGUUGGGGAAUACAGCGUAAAGGCAACCUUGCUUUUGACGGUCGUCCUAGGCACUCAGAGCUCCUGAAGCAAGCCGCACAUACUACAAGAGACACUCUCCAUGGCUUCCGCCAGGGACGUUGGCAGCGAAGCAACAGGGGUCCCUCUGUCUGCGUAUCUCAAAGAAGGGGAUGUUUUCAGACUGUUGGGCUUGCCAGAAAACCUCGUCGUUGGACUUGACGCCAUGGCGAUAACCACCAGGAAGACUCUCUCGGGCUUUCGGGGGAUACCACCUGGAGCACACUUUCUCUGGGUUCAGCAGCCGGGUGGCGUGUCUAGAUGUGGAUAUUGGUUCACGACGGGCGUGCGAGGUGCCAUGCACACCAAGCAAUGGGACCCCUACAACGAGCUCCUUGUCGAACCGCAAACUCAGUCCGACACACAGGCACAGAGCGAAGCCAACAUGGAGACUGUCUACCCUACGCUACAACCUUACAACCUCCAUGACCGCCGAGGCCAUACCUCGGGAGGACCAGUCUUAGGGCCACGACACGACGUGUCUCUCAGUUGGGCUCGUUCCCCAGCGAGCGUUUGGAAGACCUUGACCAGCGGAAUAUCAGCCCAAUACCUCGGCAGAGUCACUGGAAGAGGAGAGGCCCGUGAGUAUCUUGUUGACUCGACGGACGUCGCGAAAGACAGCGGUGGCGGGAGUGAGCGCGACCCGGCGAGGGUCACCGGCGGACUGGACUUCCUCUUCGCCCAAGAUUUCCGCGACCUGCAAGUCCUGGACUUCGGCUCUCUGAACGCCCAAGUCGCCGACACGACCCCCCGGAUCCAGGCACUGCUGGCCCGCGCCAGCAAUCCCGUCACGGAGCGGGACAUCCUCGCCGAGAUGCAGUUCACCUUCCUGACGGGCACGCACCUCGGCAACCCGGCCUGCCUCGAGCACUGGUGGAACGUGGUCCUCAAGAUCGCGCUGCGCGCCUACACCCUCGCCGCCUCGCGCCCGCAGCUCGCCGAGGGCCUCUUGCGGACCCUCCACGCGCAGCUCUUCUACACGGAGCACUACCUCGGCUCCUCGGCGCCGUCGUCCGACGCUGGCCGACUCCCGAUGACGGACACAGACCGGCGGCCGGACGACAAGGCCACGAGCGAGGCGGACCCCGACAGCGACGACAGACCCAUCUUCCAGUACAAACCGCAGAACAGGCGCAAGCUUCGCCAGGCGCUGGCGCGGUACAAGGGCAGGCUGAGCGAGGUGCUGCGUGGGCUGGGCAGCCACAUCACGCCUGCUCAGCAGGCGGUGGGCGCGGCAUUCGAGGACCUGGAGACGUGGCUGUGGCGGCGCAACUGGGAUUUGAGGGGGGAAGAAGACGGGUUGGAGAGGGGAGCGGGGGGUGGUGAGGCGGCGGAUAGUGACGAGGACGAGGACCAGCAGCCAGUUAUUGUGGAGCUCGACGAGGAGGGGAGGGAGGUUGGGCUGGUUUCGUUUAGCGACUGAGAGCGAGGGGCAGCAGGGAGAAUGGUGAUGCUCCCGGGCCGACUCGGUACUCGCUUGCCUUCACCCACUAGGUAUGGCAGGGUUGCGAGAUGUUGGUCUGAGCGAUGCCGGCUGGCGAAGGC